UGUGUCUGGUGUAAAUGUGAACUCAGCUCUGAUAAAGUGCUUGUGUUUUAAGAGGAUAAGCUGCUACAAAAUGUCUGACAGUCUUCGGCUUUUAGUGAAAAAUGCCAAACAGGUGGUUAUGGUGUGUAAAAAUGGUGAACAGUUUCUGACCAAAGAUGGAAUGCAGAAUCUGGCAAUUCUUGAGAAUGCAAGUGUGGUAAUUGGACAUAAUGGACUUAUAGAAGCCGUGGGACCGACAGACUACAUCGAAUCCCACUACAGAGAAGCUGUGUUUGAUAAAGUUUUGGAUGCGACUGGCAUGUGUGUUCUCCCUGGGUUGGUUGAUGCACACACUCAUCCAGUUUGGGCUGGAGACAGAGUGCAUGAGUUUGCAAUGAAGUUAGCUGGAGCCACAUACAUGCAGGUGCAUGAGGCUGGUGGGGGAAUUCACUUCACUGUAACACACACACGUGCAACAGGUCCAGAAACUCUGCUGCAGGGGUUGAAGGGCAGACUGGAGCGUAUGCUGAGAGCUGGAACUACACUGGUGGAGUGUAAGAGCGGUUAUGGGCUGGAGCUUAAUACCGAGCUCAAAAUGUUGAAUGUUAUAGACGCAGCUAGGAAGACCAUGCCUAUCGGGAUAUCUUCAACAUACUGCGGUGCACAUGCAGUGCCCAGAGGGAAGACUAUGGAGGAGGCAACUGAGGACAUUCUCUCAGUGCAGCUGCCUGCAAUACAAAAGCAGAUUUCCGCAGGCAAUCUGCAGGUGGACAACAUUGACGUGUUUUGUGAGAAAGGGGUUUUUGAUCUAAAUUCCACACGCCAAAUUCUCCAGGCUGGGAAAGACAUAGGCCUUAACAUCAACUUUCAUGGAGAUGAGCUGCAUCCUAUGAACUCUGCACAGCUUGGGGCAGAGCUUAGUGCUUUAGCCAUAAGUCACCUAGAGGAAGUGACUGAUGAGGGCAUUGCCGCCAUGGCAAGGGCAAAGACGUGUGCUGUCCUGCUGCCUACCACUGCCUACAUUCUCAGGCUUCCACGUCCUCGGGCUAGAGAUAUGCUUGAUGCUGGAGUUAUUGUAUCACUUGGAAGUGACUUUAAUCCAAAUGCGUACUGCUGCUCGAUGCCUAUGGUGAUGCACUUGGCCUGCGUGAUGCUGAAAAUGUCGAUGACUGAAGCUCUGGCAGCUGCCACAAUAAACGCAGCCUACGCUUUAAAUCACUCACAGUCACAUGGAUCUUUGGAGCCUGGCAAACAAGGAGAUCUUCUCAUCAUUAAAGCCCCACGAUGGGAACAUCUUAUCUACCAGUUUGGAAGCCACCAGGAGCUGGUGAGGUUUGUCAUCAUCAAAGGCAACAUUGUUUAUGAAAAUGACAAGGUCUUGGAUCUCUGAAUGUAAAUUGAUUACACAUUGAUUUAAUCAAAGAGAGUAAAAAUGUAUUAAACAAUCUGCAGGAAUAAUCCUGACUGCUGUUAUUAAGGUGCUAUGAAGUCAAACAUUAACCCCCUGAACAAAAAAAUGUAGUAACAUCCACCAAUAUGAGCAGCGUAUACUACAAUAUCAUGGCAUGACUCUGAGGUUGCCUUUUGUGCUUCAUGUCCAAGCAAAACAAUACUAACUGCUCUCAUGUUCCAUUGACUGGACUGGUUUUAGUAAAGAAAUGAUAAAUAUGACUAUUUUUUUUUUUGUCCAGGGGGCUUAAUACACAUCCUUUAGUGAAGAUAUAAAUAAUUGACAUAAAAUGGAGAAACAGAAUUUCUUAGGAAUAGUUCAAUAACACCUAAGGCUAUUUCUGUACUCAACAGAUAUACUAGCAAUAUUACUGUUAGUCAGUACACAGCAAGGUGUGUGAAAAAUGGCAGAUUAAUACUUAUCUUUCAUUAAUGCUUAUCCAGAAAUAGAAAACAGAAUCAUGAAUCAAAUGUAUUUUAUCUACAUUUAUAUAAAUAAAUACUUUUAAUGAA